CCGCGCUUUGAACUAUACGGGAGUGGGAUUUGUCAGAUGAGGAGUGAAGGUAUAUAAAGGCCGUAGAGUUCCAGGUGAACUGCACAUUUGACGUUAAACCCGUAUCAAAGACUUGUACAAUAUUUGACUAUACUCUUCAAGAUGGCUCCCUCAGCUGUUGAGACUCAGGCCCCUGCAGUCGAUGCCCAGAAAGUAAAGCUCUACCCCGGCCAUGUCGAGGGCGUAUACAAGGAAUUUGCCCCCGUCGUAUACCGUCGUGAAGCCGAAGAGAAAGGCAUCGAUGGCCACGCAGCCGCAAAGUAUCCAAACUAUCUCCCAACAUGGAACAAAGACCAAGUCUACCCUCCCCUCGUACCCUUCGAACACUACGAACACGGCAAAGACGCAGAUCCAACAUUCCCAAACCUCCUCAAGCCCACCACAAAGAUAUCCCACCUCACACCCACAAUCGGCACUGAGAUAGACGGCAUCCAACUAAGCACCCUCUCCGACGCCGGAAAAGAUGAACUAGCCCGCUACGUCGCCGAGCGCAAAGUCGUCGCCUUCCGCAACCAAGACUUCGCGGACCUGCCCAUCUCCGAAGCCCUCAAGUUCGGCGGUUACUUCGGCCGUCAUCACAUCCACCCCACGUCUGGCUCACCAGAGGGCCAUCCGGAGAUCCAUCUCGUGCAUAGAAGUGCGGGUGACAAGUCGUACGAGGAGUUCUUCAAGACGCGUGUUAGCUCUGUGGCGUGGCAUUCGGAUAUUACGUAUGAGCAGCAGCCGCCGGGAACGACGUUUCUUUAUGUCCUUGAUAACCCUGACACUGGCGGUGAUACCCUCUUUGCGAAUACUGUUGAGGCGUAUAAUAGGUUGUCACCGACGUUUCAGAAGUUGUUGCAUGGACUUAAGGCGACGCAUUCUGGGAUUGAGCAGGUUAAUGCUAGUGUGAAGAAGGGGAGUAUCAAGAGACGUGAACCGGUCGUUAACGAGCAUCCUAUUGUGCGAACACACCCUGUUACCGGGGAGAAGUCGCUCUUUGUCAAUCCUCAGUUCACGCGAAGCAUCGUCGGUCUCAAGAAGGAAGAGUCUGAUGCCAUUCUCAACUUCUUGUAUGAGCACAUCGCUUGGGGCGCUGACUUCCAUGCUCGUGUGAGAUGGCAGGAAAAGACUGUUGUUGUUUGGGAUAACAGAUCAGUUCAGCAUACUGCUAUUCUUGACUGGCACUCUGGUCAACGACGACAUCUUGCUCGCAUCACACCACAGGCUGAGAGGCCUUAUGAGACCCCUUUUGAGGGUUAGGUCCCAUAUCGGAUAGCAGAGAAAUAGCAUAAGAUCAUGUUGAACAAACAUACCAGAAGAUGAACCAAGAAUACAAGUCAUGCUGAAUAUCAACCAAACUUCACUAUGAUAUGUCACACAAGCAACAUUGCGUCUUAAUAAUUUCAUUGAUAUCUCGACCUGCCUCAUCUGGUAUCUUAUUCCAACCAGUCACCAUGUUCAUAAAAUACUUCGUUUCUCAUCCAACGCCACACAUGAUAUUCCCAAGCAACAUAAACCGCCCUCUCUAUCUAUGCAUAAAACUCAAUCCAUAGUACUCCAAACCUGAUGCCCAAGCAUUGUCGUCAAUAGCCCAACUCCGUACAUGCCAGCACCUUCGUUCUCAUGAAAAACCUCUAGUGCAAGCCAGCAGACCGCUGCCAGUUCGACUACAUUCAGCGCUGAGCUAAUGUAUGUCGCUGUGGUAGGGAGUCUUAUCUGUUGGCUCGUUUCGCCUGUUUCUCGCAACGCAAUGAUUCCGAUUGCCG